GAGAACUCAACUCUAAUUUUUUAUGUAAUGUCACUUUGUUGUCGUUUGUUACAAGAAGCAAGAAAAUUCGUGCUAGAAACCAAAGAACCAAGUCCCCAAUAUCCGUGCGCUGUGAUGUGAUAAUCAAUUGUGUGUAAAUAAUGAAUUGUCAUCAGAUAUUGAGCGGCGCCUGCAAUGCGGGCGACCGGUGCUUCGCCAUUGGUUCCGUGGAAGGAAUACCAUUUACAGCCUACGCCGCCGGCUGCAAUGUGGUCAUCCUGGCGAGCACCUUUGAGCGCGUCCAGAUCAUUCCGGGCGCCAACCAUGGCUACGUCAAGAUAUCUGCCCUGGACUGCAGCACCGAUACCGGAAAGAUCGCUGCAGCCUAUGAGAACAAGAUUUGCAUUUUUGAGCCCACGCCGGUGAUCGAGUCCAGCAAGCACAACACCCACUUUCUAGACUACAGAUGGGUGCAAACGGGCUCCUUCACCAGCCACUCGAGCGUGGUGACCCUGUCCUGGAAUCUGGAGGGCACCCGUCUCCUCACUGGCGGCACCAACAUCCAGUUGUGGAAGAGCAAGUCGCCCACUCACCAGCAGGAGGAGGAGCACACUGGAGUCAAGUUCGAGAUCGGCGAGAGCAAGGAGCCGAAGCCAUCGAGCACCGCCCAGUCGGAGGAUGUGUCCACGUGGGAGAACAUCUGGAGCUGUCAGACGGCCAUACCCAUUUACCACAUGGCAUUUAGUCCGGACGGAACCCUGUUCGCCACCUGCGGCCGCAACGAUCGGCUGGUCAAGAUCUGGUACGAGAACAAGCAGGUUCUCUUCCCGGCCAAGGGAUCCUCGUCCGCUGGACCUUCGUCGUCGUCUGGUGGUCGCCACGGCGUGGACGACGGCCCGGGUUCCUCCGGUUCUGGCGGCGAUCUGAACUUCACGUACGUGUACAUCGCCCAUCCGCGAGCCGUGUCCAAUAUCGUGUGGCGCAAGACGAGCAAGUACAUGCCGAAGGGCUCGGUGGCCAACAUGCUGGUCACCUCCUGCCUGGACAACAUCUGUCGCAUCUGGAUCGAGACGGUGCUCCCCGACGACGGCAUGGUGAACAUGACCCAGUUCGAUCCGAUGGCCUCGCAGAACCCCAAGUUCCGCACCCACCGGCACAAGCACCGGUUCAUGCAGCGGCUGAAGCACAUGAAGACCUGCUUCCACAUCCGCCGGCACAUGAAGGCCGGCGCGAAUGCCGGCCAGGGAGCGGCCAGCGGUGGGGGUGCAGCCAGUGGCGGUGGAGCGGCCGGGGCAAUGGGCGCCAUGGGCAGCUCACCGGCCAGCUACACCAACUACCUGGGACCGAUUCCGUCGCUGCCAUCCUCGUGCAGCGUCCACGACUUUCACUCGUACGGAUUCCAGGGGUCGGGCGUCACGCCCGGGAUGCACUUCCACCUGGCGGCGUCGAUCAACGCAGAAACGGACAUUCCGCUGGUGCCCUCGAUGCAGACCAGCGACCCGGCCAACCAGAACGUCUUCAUCCUGCACUGGCUGAACAACAAGGAGAUGCAUUUCACGCUGCAGGCGGAGGCCAUAUUCCAGGAGCUCACCAAGAAGGUGAUCGACGAGGAGAACGGCCACGGCGGCAACGCCUCCAACGGCGGCGGCGGCGGCGUCGACUUGCCGGACGACGCGCACGGCUCGCACUCGCACUCGCAGGCGCACGCGCACAAGAAGUACCUGCGCUCCUCCAAGUCCGUCUCCGUGGACGACAGCGGCGAGGAGUACAGUCGCUACUCGCAGCACACGGCCGGCACCACGGGCAUGGCCGGCGGCGGAGGAGUCGGGCUGCAUCUGAACUCCAUGUCCAAUACGACGUCGCAGAACUCGCUGAACAACGAGCCCCCGCAUCCGAUUACCCAGCUAGUGGACUCGCUGGACAACAAGAUCGAGUGCCUGCUGCGCGACUGGCACCAGAGUCCGGAUCUGCUCUUCGCCAUCCAUCCGGUGGACGGGAGCUACCUGAUCUGGGUGAUCGAGUGGCUGGACGACUACUAUCCGGGCUCGUUCAGGCAGGCGCAGGUCUCCUUCUCGACGCGCAUCCCCUCGGCCUUCCCGCUGGGCGACGCCAUGUCCAUGUCGACCACGGUCAGCCUGUUCAACACGGGCACCCAUCCGCUGGCCUUCCGCGACAUCGCCAACAACGUGCGCAGCAAGGACGAGUUCCACAAGGGCCAUGCCGACGACUCCUCCCUGAAGAGCGACCAGCACUCGGGCCAGACCUUCGAGCGGCACGACGAGGAGCAGGAGGACGCCGGCGACGAGGACGACCGCGAUAGGGACGGGGAUGCUGACCAGGACGAGGCCGGCGGCGAUCGCAGUGCCGCCGCGAGUGGCAUCGGCGGAGGAGCGGAGCACAGCAGCAGCUCGCAGGAUUCCGGAGCGGCAGGAGGAGCCAGUGCCCUGCCGCUGAACGUGUCGCCGUCGGUGUCCAUGGUCACGAAGCACUCGAACGGAACCCUCAACCUGUGGCAGCUGACGUUCGCCUUCAAGACGAAGUUCACCCAAGUAUUAAGCAUCGGCCACGUGAGCCGUGCCUCCGGCCAUCGGUUCCGGGUGAACGACAUCACCUGCCACCCGGUGCUGCCGCUGCUUGUGUCCACCUCGCACCACAACCUGCCCGACUCCGAGGCCAAGUCGCCGAUGUCGCCGUUCGAGCAGCCGCUGAGCGGCGGACUUCCGUCGGCCGGAGGAGUUGGCGGCGGAGCAGGGCCCUCCGGAGGAGGAUCCAGCGGCGACAAGGAUGUAUUCACUCCGACGGGCUUCUGCUCGGAGCUGAUACUGUGGCGCGUGGACUCGGUGGGUCCGCUGUGCCAUUCGGGCGGCGUCAGCGAGCUGGCCAGGAUCAACUCGCCGGAGAUCUCGGCGUUCAGCAACGUGGCCUGGAUCCCGACGCUCCUGCCGAGCACCACGCUGGGCAGCUACAGCAACUCCCCGUCCGCGUGCUUCGUGGCCAGCGACGGGGAGAACCUGCGCGUCUACCAGGCGGUCAUCGACGCCCGCACCCUGCUGGCGGAGAUCUCCUGCUCGGAGAACCUCAACACGCUGCACAAGUCGCACUCGCUGUCGUCGAUGAUCUCCAAUGCCUCGUCCACGAUGCGGGCCCAGCGAUCGGCGCUGCACGACAAGCUCAAGGUGGUCUCCCAGCAGUCGACGGCUCGGCCCGGCUGCAUCCUCCAGCUGGACGCCAUCUCGGAGGCCAAGCACGACUGGCAGAACACCCAGUUCCUGCACGUGUUCCAGGCCCAACUGAUAACCGGUGGCCAGCGGACACCGCUGACGGAUCCGCACGAUCUGGAGGAGCCGCGCCUGAACGCCCUGCUCGAGUCGGACAUGGACGCCAUCGUCGAUCUGCAGCGGAACGCCGACUUCGAGGAGCCCUUCUACAUCGUGAACAUCGAGAAGACGCUGCGCGGCAGCACCAUUCACAUGUGGCGCAUCGUCAUCAGCUCGAAGCAGCAGAGCUCCUUCCUCUCGGAGACGGCCAUGUAUGUGCCCGACAGCAACCUCACCCAGGAGCCCGACGAGGAGCAGCAGAACGGGGCCGGUGGCGGCAAUCCGAACUCCAAUCCGAGGCGGAUGUCCCAGGGAGCCGAAACGCUGACGGGAGCCGAGCACUUUGGGCCGCAGGUGGAGGCGCCGCACAUCUCGAUCACCACGAAGAAGGUGUGCACCCAGGAGCUGCCGCUGCCCGAGGGCGUGGACGUGAUCCACGCCUCCCCCGCCGCCGGUCACCUGAGCAGCUCCAGCAUUUAUCCGGCCUGCUUUGCCCCGUACAUCAUUGUGACCGCCUGUUCGGAUUCGAUUUCGCGCUUCUGGAAGUGCGAACCGGUGGGCGAUGGAGGCGAGGGUGAUCCGGACCAGGAGCCGGACGGGGACGCCUACCACUGGAGCGAGUGGAAGAUGCUCAGCCGCAUCCAGCAGUCGGCCAUCGAGAUCCCCGGCCAGCCGCUGAACAUCAGUGCCGCCUACUCCGGCCGCAUAGCGUGUGCCUACAAGUACGGGAAGAGCUUCACCCGGCCGAACAAGGGACCCGAUCCGGACUCGCGCUACGUCAACCUCUGCGUGGCCAUCUACGAGUGCGAGAGCUCCGGCGGCAGCGAGUGGGUGCUCGAGGACACCAUUCACCUGAAGAACGUCCACCUGCCCCGGAUCAACAUCGGGCACGGCAUCGAUCUGAGCUACCUGCACGACAGCCGCCUGCUGGCGAAGAAGCAGCGCCUCAACCAGGUGCUCCACACCUUCGCCCACGACGCGGAGAGCCGAUCCCCGCGGAGUGGCGAGACCACACCGGAGCUGGCCGUCAACCGGCAGCCCUCGGCCGCCGCCUCCGGAUUGCUGACCGUUCCCAGCUUCAGCACGCUGCAGUCGCUGCGGAAGAGCAUUGCGGAGAACGGGAACACCUGUCCCCUGACCCAGAAGCACCUGGUGCAGCUAGACUGGGUGAGCAAGGAGGACGGCUCCCACAUCCUCACCGUCGCCGUCGGCAGCAAGAUCCUGCUCUACACGCCGGUGUCAUCGGACAUCGCCCAGGCGAACAUCAAGGCGAUGAAGGAGUCGCGCUCGGUGAACCGUCCCAUCCUGCGGAAGGCCAGCUCGCUGGCCCAGCCGAACUUCGUGGACGAGAUCCGGUGGAUGAAGCUGCGGCAGAUCGACCUGCAGACGGCCGACGGACUGCCGCCGCUGCCCAUGCAGAUAUCGUGGGUGCGCGACGGCAUCCUGGUGGUGGCCAUGGACUCGGAGAUGCACGUCUACUCCCAGUGGAAGCCGCACUACUCCUCCCACUUUGCCGCCGCCGCCGCAGCGGCCGCUGGCGAGGAUGUGCCCGAUACGCGGAACCUGCGCGACGAGGAUCUGCGUUCGUUGGCCAACGAGUCCACGCAGCUGCGUCUGAAGACGGUGGCCUCCAUGCCGCUGAUCAGCAAGGUGAGCACCGCCAAUCUGCAGCUGCUGUCGCACGACAAGAAGCGUCGUCUGGGCAACGUCAGCAUGGCCAAUAUGAAUGGAGCUGGUGGCGGUGCUGGAGGAGGUGCUGGUGGUUCCUAUGGCGGAGGCCAGGACGACGGCGGCAACGAUGACUACAUGACGGACUUCGGGCUGUUCCAGGCCUCGCGCAUCGCCUGCCCGGUGCUGCCGCAGUACCAUCCCAAGCAGCUGAUGGAGCUGCUCAACUGCGGCAAGAUCCGCUGGGUGAAGGCCAUCCUGGCGCACUUGGUGCGCUGCAUGAGCGGCAACAGCUCGAGCACCGUUGGCCAGGACGAGGACGGCUACGCCAGGCAGCGCAGCUGGUCGCGCUCCCGCACCCUGAGCAUCAGCUACACGGCCGAGCAGAACAUCCAGGCGGAGCACCGCGGCAGCACCACCCAGAUACCCGAGGAGCUGAUGCUCGACUACGCGGAGAUCAACUCGAUCCCGCCGCUGCCGCUGUGGGUGCUCCUCAAUGCGGACCGGGAGACGCCCGGGCAGAGCAACAACUAUAAUGAGGGCGACAAGGACUACGACGAGCUCUUCGACAUGCACAACUCGGAGGACAACCUGGACGAGCUGCUCAGCGAGGGCGACGAGAAGAAGCGCCAGGAGCGCCGGCUCUCCCUCCCCGAGAAGCACUCCAUCUCGCACUUUGGCCCGCGGCAGGGACAGCUGCUGUCGCGCCUGCUGACCCACACCCAUCUGCCGGGGCUCUCCUCGCUGGACCAGAUGCAUCUGCUGGCCCUGGCCGACACGGUGGCCACCUGCAACACGGACUUCUCCGACAAGUUCGCCGCCGAUCAGUCGGGCAACAAGUCGGGUGCGGGCGCUGGGAAGGAGGGAGGCGCCGGGAAGGAUGGCAGCACCAGCACCGACUCCUUGGACGACUGCGGCCUGCGCUUCCUGCUGGCCAUGAAGCACUUCACCUACCUGCUGCGCUGCCUGCCGCUCCAGCAGCGGGCGCAGUUCCAGCGUCAGGGCGUCGGCACCUCGAACAUCGUGUGGGCCUACCACUCCGAGAGUGAGGAGGAGCUGCUGAACCUCAUACCCAGCUAUACCAAGGGCGACCUCCGCUGGGCCACGCUGCGGGAUCUGGGAGUGGGCUACUGGCUGAAGAACAUCAACACGCUGCGGCGGUGCGUGGAGAAGCUGGCCAAGUGCGCCUACCAGCAGAAGCAGGAGCCGCUCGACGCGGCCAUCUACUACCUGGCCAUGAAGAAGAAGUCCCUGGUGUGGGGCCUGUUCCGGUCGCGGCGCGACGAGAAGAUGACCGCCUUCUUUGGGAACAACUUCGCCGAGGAUCGCUGGCGCAAGGCGGCGCUGAAGAACGCCUUCGUGCUGCUGGGCAAGCAGCGGUUCGAGCACGCGGUGGCCUUCUUCCUGCUGGCCAACAGCCUCAACGACGCCAUCGAGGUGUGCAUGAACAAGCUGGAGGACUUCCAGCUGGCCCUCAUCAUUGCCCGGCUCUAUGAGGGCGAUGCCGAGGGCUGCUACUACCACCACCUGCUGCACGAGCACAUCCUGGGCACGGAUGCGGAGACCGGGCGCUGCGACCUGAGUCGCGCCCACCCCGAUCCCUUCCUGCGCUCGAUGACCUACUGGACCAUUAAGAAGUACCAGGAGAGCCUGAACACCCUGCUGCUGAACAACGUGGGCAGCCUGCACAGCAGCUACCGGGAGGAGGACCUGCUGCGUCCGGAGCCGCAGGCCACCAACCCGAACGUGUUCAACUUCUACAUCUACUUGCGCACCCAUCCGCUGCUCAUCCGCCAGAACAUCGCUUUGUCCGCCCAGGAGAAGCGCAUCGCCCACGUCGUACUCUCCGGAUUCAAUUACGCCGGCGAUGCUGCUCCCAGUGCCGUGGCCUGCGACAAGCAGCUGCAGCUGGAGGACUCGAUCACGCCCAUUGAGCGGCAGCUGUACUUCACCACCGCCCACGGGCACUUCAAGAGCGGCUGCCCGGCGCUGGCGCUGGAGGUGCUCAACAAGCUGCCGCAGAAGAUCAGCGACGAUUCUGGGGGCAGUGUGGCCGGCAGCCAGGCGCAGCAGGAGCUGGCGCAGCAGAGCAAGGAGGAGCUGAUCAACACGGGCAUCAUGGACACCUGGGGCGCAACUCCGGCCGCUUCAGCAACGCAAAACACGGCGGACUCCUUCGACUGGGGCGCUCCGGUGUCCAGUGAGUCGGAGGCCAAGUUCGAGAUCAAGUGGGACGACGACGAGGACGAUGAGGAGGAUCCCGACUUGGUGGAGCCCGAUGAGCCGGAGCUGGCCACUCCGCAGCCGCAGGCAUCCGUUCUGGGAAGAGGCAAAUCGAUGGGCGGCAACGGAAGCGACACCAAGAUGGACAUCAUGGCCCAGCAGCUGAAGUUCGUGGCCUGCCUGAAGAUCCUCAUGGAGGAGCUGUCGACGCUGGCCACCGGAUUCGAGGUGGAUGGCGGCCAGCUGCGCUACCAGCUGUACAUGUGGCUGGAGCGCGAGGUGGAGGCCCUCAAGCAGCUGUGCAACUACUGCAGCCAGUCGGAGCAGUCGACGCACGAGUCCGGCGAUCCGGACGCCGAGGCCAGGGACAAGGAGAUGAACUCCAGCUUCUAUCCGAGCAACGAGCGACCCACUCUGCACGAGAUCCUUAUGCAGGACAAGCAGGACUUCGAGGCCAAGGUGAUGCGGGCGGCCAAGCGCAAGCGCUGGCUCAAAGCCAAUGAAACGCUGCUCCGCACUUUGCUGAGCUACUGCUCCCUGCACGGCGCCAGUGGCGGCGGGUUGGCAUCCGUGCGCAUGGAGCUGGUGCUGCUGCUCCAGGAACUGCAGCAGGAGAAGACGCAGCAGCAGCUCCUCAGCCCGCUGCCCUUCCCCACCACGCUCCCACUGCUCAGUGCCUGUGUGGCGGGCAACAAGACGGUGAUCGCCGAUCCCAUCAAGUACCUGCAGUCGCAGACGGUGGACAUGCUGCAGAGCAUCAUCAAGGUGCUGCCCUUCCCGGGCAUCGAGCCGAGUGCUUUGAGCGAGAUCUUCGUGCUGCGCGACCUCGCAGUAGCGCUCUCCUCCUGCAUCUACCAGUCGCUCUGCGACUCCGAGAGCUUCGUGGUGAACAACUCGGCCUUCAACGGCUACCCGAGUCCGGGCAUGGAGAACAUAGCCAAGAUCAACUCGUCGUUUGAGUGCAGCUAUCUGGUGGGCAGCCGUAAUGCCUAUGGCCGUAGGCGGAAGUACUCCACGGACGAGCCCGCCGGCGUGUGCACCACGCCCUCAAAGUGGCCGGGAGUGACCAACCUGCGGGCUCUUCUCGCCCGCGAGAAGGACGAGGAUGUGCCCAAGUUGAACGUUCUGCUCCUGGAGUCUUUCGUCUCCACCUACAUGGCGCUCUUCAUCUACUCGCUGUCGACCUGCGACAGUCGACUGCUGUACCGCCUGAGCGGGCAGAGCUUCAACAACGAGACCUGGUCCACUCUCUUCGGCGGCGGCAUGAAGAAGCUGCUCAUCAAGCCCGCCGUGGCACAGCCGCCCAACCAACUGGGAGGAGCUGGAGCAACAGCCGGAGGAGCCACAGGUGGCACUGGUUCCACCUCCGAGGAGCCGGUCGAUGAGAACAGUGUGUGGAACACAGUCACCUCCAUAACGAAGCAGCGCAUGAAGCUGAACAUGAAGAUUCUGGGCAGCUUCAGCCAGAACAGCACCUCCAGCAACAUGAAGGAGGACAAGCCCACUUACCGGGAGCAGUUCAUGCCGCCAGAGACGUCCAUGCUGUCCUACUUCCUAACGAAACCGCCCACAACAGAGUGUGAUGACUACGACACAGACGACUCACAUGAGUCGGAGAACGAGGAGGAGGAGGAGGACGACGACGAUGUGAACGUGAGCCGAACGCAGCUGAAGGCCAAGGACAACACGGAGCACACCAAUCCCACGUCGUACUCGUGGAGCAUUCUGCGGCUGGCGCUCAUCAAGAUCAGCACGCACAAGAUCCAGGAGCUGGUCAAGGUGGCCGGCAUCGAGCUGCAGGAUCUCCCCGUGAUCAGUCCACUCUCGCACGAGGUGCUGAGGACCCUCAAUCGCUGGCAGGACUUCGCCCUGAGCGACCUCAUUGCCCGCGGGCCACCGUCCAGGAACUUUAUACCCGGUUGCUACGCGGAGAGCGGCAUCAACGGCCUGGCCAUUCACAAGUACCGCUCGCUGCUGAACAAGGACAACACGCCGUUCGUUUCCGGGUCAUCGGCCGGGCCCAUCCGGCGUUUGUGGAACUACCUGGUGCGCCAGGAGCCCGCCCAGGAGGUCUUCAUCAAGAGCAUCUUUGGCAAGAACAUGGAGCCGAGCACGCGGGGAUCGCACCACACCCACAACGACAACGAGACCGAUGAGGGUCAAUCCCAUUCGACCAACGAGAACACCGACCAAAUCCGAAUCAUCCACAAGGAUCACGAGUCGAUAUUGUCGUUCUGCUUGAAGAACAACAGCUCCUCGAUGAUCGCCUUUGCCAAUCCGCGCGAGAUCCAGGAGUUCGACAUCUCGCUGCUGCUGGAGUCGCCGAAUUGGUACGAGGACGAGUGCGACUACGACAUGAUGAACCUGUCCAAGGACGCGGACACCAACAGCUCGUCCUUCUUGAUUAUCCAGACGCAGGAGCAAAACCAGUUCGGAAGUAACAGCAAUGCGUACAGCGAGUCCAAUGCCAGCACACAGAGUGCCUCGCAAUCCGGACGCGGCACAUCCAUGGUGCUGCGCCACAAGGUGGACAACGUGAAGCGCAUGAGCGCCCAUCCGCUGAUGCCGCUGUAUCUCACCGGUGGCCAGGAUGGCUCCGUGCAGAUCUGGGAGUGGGGCCACCAGCAGCCAGUCUGCUCGCCCCGCACCUCGGGCACCUUUGCCAAGGUGACGCGCUGCCGCUUCUCGGAGCAGGGCAACAAGUUCGGCAUCGGCGAUGGCGACGGCAAGCUCAGUCUCUGGCAGGCGGGCAUCGCUUCCCAGAACAAUCGCUCGUUCAUCAGCUACCAGUGCCACAACAAGGUCCUGUCCGACUUCGUGUUCCUGGGCUCCUGCAGUCUGCUGGCUAGCGCCGGCCAAAGUUCCGAGAACAAGAACAUCAACAUCUGGGACACACUGCUGCCCCACAAGAAGUCCUGUGUGUCGGCCUUCACCUGCCACGACCAGGGAUCUUCCUGUUUGGUGUUCGCGCCGCAGCACCAGGUGCUCAUCUCGUGCGGCAAACGCGGCGACGUUUGCGUCUUCGAUGUGAGACAGCGAACGCUGCGCCAUCGCUAUCAGGCCCACGAUAGCACCAUCAAGUGCAUAGCUCUGGAUCCGCACGAGGAGUUCUUUGUCACUGGCUCCAUCGAGGGUGACAUCAAGAUUUGGGACAUGAAUCAGUUCAUGCUGAUCAACACGUUCCCGCACGAGCACGCCAAGAACGGGUUCUUCAAGCACACCGGCCAGGGUGUCAGCCAGGUGUACGUGGAUCCCUUCGGGCGACUCUUCUCCUGCGGCUCCGAUGGCUGCAUGAAGGUCCGUCUGCUGGUGGAGAAGGACAACAUCGUUCACUCCGUGUAUUGAAAGCUGUAUUCUAUCCGUAACAUUUCUGGGGACGGAUUCUGGAUACCGGAUUCAGGAUUCCGGAUUCCGAGCCCGGAUCGGUGUCCGCCUGCCGCCGCAGCCAACGUCCGUGUUUCUGCUCGUCUGUUUUUGUGUGUGCGCCGCGGCGAAAGGGAAGCGGAAUCGAUUCCGCGUGUCCUACAAUAUGUGUAUUCUUUGUUAAUCGUUGAUUAUUGUAACAUUUUUAAUUGUAUUUCAAUUUCCUACACGUACAGAUAUACAUACAUAUAUAUAUAUAUUUUAUUACUAUUUUUAUUUGCAUAAAGGUAUUGUUUUUUUUUUUUUUGCCCGUUUCCGUUUUGCUGUUUAAUGUUCUUUCCAAACGACAAAGCAAAAAACUAAACUCGAUUCGAUUCGCUUGAUUCGUUUCAUGUUCUUUGAGUAUUUCCUAAACAGACUAUCCUAUACACUACUAUACAGAUACAAGAUAUAUAUAUAUAUAUAUACAUAUACAACAUACAUCUAUUAUAUGCUUUAAAUCAAUUAAUUAUUAUUAUUAUACGAUAUACAAGACAUUCGACAGUAUGCUAAUUGAUAUGCUUACGAAUAUAUAUUACGAUCUAUGUCUUUGUGUUGAGCUUUGUGCAAAAAUUUGUCUGUUGUUGAAUCAAUCAAGAUAUAUGUAUACCUAAAAAGAAACUAAAUGAAUUAACUAAAAAUAAAUAAAGUGCAAAAUGAAUAAAAAAAAUUAAUUAAUCUAAA